CCGAUUCUCUCUGAGUUCUCUCCCUCUCCUUUUUCUCUCCCUCUGUUAUUGCCAUUCUCCUCUUCAUCGGACGCCAUUUCUCUGUCACUUCCACCUCCCCUGCCAAUGGAGCUCGUCCCUUACUCAGACCCAUCUUCCAAUUCCAAUUCCAAUCCCAAUUCGAAUCCCAAUUCCUCCAGCCCUCCAUGGCAGGACAUGUUCAGAUCCGCCUCCGUUCGAAAACCAAGCCCCGACCCUCAAAACCACCACCACCACCACCAACAAUCAUCCAAACUGCCGUCGCAAUCCGAUUCCGAUUCCGAUUCCUCCUUUUCCGGCGAUCCUCAGGUCCGUCUCGCCCUUUACAUCGCCAUGGCUCACGCCGGCCUCGCCUUCACCAUUCUCACUCUCUACGCCGUCGGUCGUCUCCUCGAAGCCUAUCUCCGCCCCCUUCAAUGGGCCGUCCUCUGUUCUAUUCCUCUUCGCGGCGUUCAACAAACCCUUGAAGGUUUCUGGUCCGAACCCCUUAAAUUGGGCCUCACCGAAACCAUUCUAGCCAUCCCGGUUGCUGUUUUUCAGGUUUUUUUUGGAACCCUUGUUCAAUUUCGUGAAGUUUGUGUUCGUGUUGUUCUUAGGAGGAAGAAACCAGGGCAUAUUAGACGGAAACAGAGCGUGUUUUCUAAGUUAUUGCGAUGGCUUGUUUCGUUUUGGAUUUUUAUACUUGCAUAUGAGAAUUUUGGCGUUGUUGGGUCUGUUUCGCUUCUUGGAUUAGGGUUCUUGUUUAGUUCCAAAUCUGUGGAUUCUACUAUGUAUAAUGUUUCUUCAUUUCGUAGCCUGAGCUUUCGUCGUACUGCUGUUAGUUCAUUUUUCACUACAGGGGUUUUGAAAAGAUUGAAAACCAUUGUUGCUAUUGGGUUAAUUGUUGCUAUGAUUCUUGCGUUCUUGGCUGGUUUGGUGUUUUUCUCUUACAAAAUUGGAGUUGAAGGGAAAGAUGCUAUGAUUUCAUUGAAAAUACAUGUAGAACAAAGCAACUAUGCUGAGAGAAUUGGGGUUAAGAAAUGGAUGGAAGACAAUGAUAUGGCUGGGAUGAUUGAUAGCUACACCUCCAAAUUUUAUGAUGCAGUGUUGGAACAGAUAGAUAGCUUGGCUAUGCAGUAUAAUAUCACUGAGUUUGUCACUGGGAUUAAGCAUUUGGCUUUAUCAUCGUCUCGUGCUAACUCUUCGGGGCCUUCGACUUCUCUAAUGACUCCAUCGCCGUACACGCACAAGCUUAUGAGCUUGAGAAACCGGAUUAGUAACAAGGAAUGGGGUCAGAUUUAUACAGAGCUUGAUGCAAUUAUUAGGGAGUUGAUAAUCACUAGGGAGGAUUUACUCGAGAAAGCGAAAGAAUUAGCCGUUCAAGGGAUGGAUAUUUCGCAACGAGUCUUCGCUAGUAGUGUGUCGGUACUAGGAGGCAGUGCUAAGCUUAUGCUUUCCAUUGGUAGUUCUAUCAUUUCAGGAGCAGCUGAGAUUUUUAACUUUGUUUCUCAUUCAAUGGUGUUCUUUUGGGUUCUUUAUUAUCUUAUUACUUCUGAAUCUGGUGGUGUGACUGAACAAGUUAUAUAUAUGCUUCCGAUUGAAGAAUCGGCUCGAAUUCGAUGCGUUGAAGUUCUUGAUAAUGCGAUCUCGGGUGUUCUUUUGGCUACAGCACAGAUUGCUAUCUAUCAAGGAUGUCUUACAUGGCUGUUGCUUAGACUAUUUGAAAUACAUUUCUUGUAUGUGUCUACUGUUCUUGCAUUUCUCAGUCCUCUUUUCCCAAUCUUUCCAUAUUGGUUUGCAACAAUUCCAGCAGCCUUGCAGCUGUUGCUGGAAGGUAGAUAUGUUGUGGCUCUGUGUUUGUCUAUUAUUCAUCUCGCGCUUAUGGAUUACGGCGUCUCGGAAAUCCAAGAGGGCACGCCCGGUCACAGUGAAUACCUUAUGGGACUUAGCAUCAUUGGUGGGAUGACUUUGUUUUCAUCUGCAUUGGAGGGUGCGAUUAUGGGACCGUUGAUUACGACGGUCGUGAUAGCUCUGAAGGAUUUGUACGUGGAAUUUGUUCUUGGUGAAAAUAAGGGAAAGGAGAAGGAGAAAGAAAAGGAAAAGUUAAAGCGCAGCUAGACACAGCAGUUACUUUUGUUUGUAAAUUAUGGUGUCUGCAAACUCUAUCAGUCUUUACAAGCCAUUCCUACGGCUGCAGAGUUUACCUAUUACAUUGUAUGAAAUUUGUAAGUUAUGUUUAUUCAUUACACUUGU